AAAAACUCGCGGGAGACGUGCCAGAAGAUGCGCCGAGCAGUCUGGGAAAUGUAGUUCUGGCAGAUCGGCCAUCGAGUCAUGGUGGGAGUCGAGGUUCCGGGAAGGGGCAGAGGCCUGAAAAGAGAUUUCAACGGUGAGGUUAAACUCUGUAGCUCAGCACAGGAGGAAUCUUUUUAAUGAAUGACUUGUCCAUUUAGGACCUGGUUGGAGCCUGUGGAUAGUCCUGGGAAUUGCAAAUAGUUCACCUGUUCUGACUCUCAGUGUUGAUUUCAAUAUGCUGCGACGAAAGCCAACACGCCUGGAGCUAAAACUUGAUGACAUUGAAGAGUUUGAGAGCAUUCGAAAGGACCUGGAGACCCGUAAGAAACAGAAGGAAGAUGUGGACGUUGUGGGAAGCAGUGAUGGAGAAGGAUCCACUGGGCUCAGCAGUGACCCCAAGAGCCGGGAACAAAUGAUAAAUGAUCGAAUUGGUUAUAAACCCCAACCCAAGCCCAACAACCGUUCCUCUCAGUUUGGAAGUUUUGAGUUUUAGAGAUGGAUUCUCUUGCAUGCCAGACCCCUGGAAUGGAAUAAAAUGAUGGCAGAAAUGCAGAGCAUUUUGAGGGAAUUAAGUGUGUGCAGCCGAGCAGAAUGUGCUCUGUCUCCUGCAGGAAGAAAUAACUUCUAUAUGAAAUUACUCAUGUCCAACCUUGACCCUAAGCUGGAAUCCAAAUUCUGGCUCGUCUCUAGAAAACUUGACUUGGGAAAGCCUAUCUGAUUUUGUUUUUAAAAAUAAAUAUAUUUUGGGGAAAGUGUGAGCCAUCCUGAAGCAUAGCAGCACUGCUAAUCUUCAGGCUUUGACAGGCAAUUGCUACACAAGGGGACACCAUUCUUCCUGUCUUCAGUAAGAGACCCCAGACUCAGACUUCAUUUCACUCCUUUAUUCAGCAAGUAUCCAUUGAGUGCUAAUUCUUUAACAAGCAACAAAGAUCUCAGAUGAUCCAGGUGGCUCAUGGCCAUAAUCCCAGCACUUGGGAGGCUGGGGCAGGAAGAUUCUCAUAAGUUCAAGGUCAACCUGGGCUGCAGAGGGAAACCAUGUCUCAAGAAAUAAAACCAAACCCAAAAGAAAAGAAAAGAUCCCUGCCAUCGUGGAGAUUCGAUUCUAGUGAUUCUGUAUAAACCUAAAGAAGUUGUAGGUACCUGGUCCGUUUACAGAAUGGCUUUGUACAAUGAAUAAAAGGAGGAAUUUUAACAGUACAGAGGUCAUGCCAAUUUUCCUCCUUUUUGAACUUGCCUCAGAGUUUUUCCAGCAGGAACCCAUCUGAAAGCAACUCUGGACGAUUUUGAACUGUGCUUUAUUGUUUUCACCAUUAAAUUUAGUAAUAGACCUACUGGCCUAUUACUCUGAAUCUUACACAAGAAUCUCUGAAAUCAACCGUUCCAAGGAGACCCCUUAGCUGGGGACAGUUUGUGAGUGAUGUGAGGAUAGAAAGGCACGUGGGCCCUAAAUUUAUUAUCUUACUGUCUUAAAGCAACAAUAAAACCCCAAAGACUUGGGCUGUAAGUAGGAAAAUCAAGUUAUCACAUCCUGCAAGGGCCUUAUAGAAGAGCAAAGAAGAAGGGAACAGAUUCUGUCUAAAUCUUUGUGGUUACAGCUACCCAGCAAGAAUCUACAGAGGUUAUUUGUGUGCCUCCUGUCCAGACUGAUAGCUGACAAGCAGAGGUUCCUGGAAGACACAUCCGAGAGCUUUGUACAGAUGCCCUAAGUCCUAUGAAGAGGGCACUUCAGUCUAAGGGUACAGAAUUGAACCACAGCUCAGCUGGAAGUAGAUGAGAUUUGAAUGCAGUCUGCUUCCGAAUCUAUGCUUCUACAUGUCCUUUAGAGCAUUGCUUUCUUUGAAAGCAGGAUGUGGGGUUAAAGUGAGCAGUUGCUGUUUUUAGGUCUAGGGAAUUACUAACAGAAUGAAACAGUUAUUCAUCAGUAGACAAGCUUAUUGCAACUACUAAUCUUUUCUUGGCACAGCUAAAUUAUAGGUAUCAAUUCUGAA